AUUUUUAGUGCCAGUAGACAAGACUUUUAACUCAAAAAAUACGAAAUGACUGCUAGAUUAAUGCAUCAUAUUUUUAAUACUUGUCCCGCUACUAUCCGUUACUACUCGUCUGCUGUUAAAAGAGUAACUCUUAUGCCUGGUGAUGGCAUUGGUCCCGAAAUAACAUCCUCUGUAAUAAAGAUCUUCUCUGCCGCCGGUGUACCCAUCGAAUGGGAGCCCGUUGAUGUGAAGCCCGUGAAUAAAGGAAAUGGAAAAUGCGGAAUACCUCAGGAAGUUAUAGAUUCUGUCAACAAGACUAAGGUGGGCCUAAAAGGCCCGUUAGAGACGCCACUGUGCCAUGGGCAUGAAUCGAUUAAUUUGGCCAUGCGUAAGCAUUUCCAAUUGUUUGCCAAUGUACGUCCCUGCCGCAGUGUGCCGGGCUAUAAGACACCCUACGACGACGUUAAUGUGGUCACCAUUCGGGAGAAUACGGAGGGCGAAUAUUCUGGCAUUGAGCAUGAGGUAGUGUGUGGAGUUGUGCAGAGCAUAAAACUGAUCACACAAAAGGCCUCCACCCGCAUUGGAAAGUACGCCUUUGAAUAUGCCAAAGACAACAAUCGCAAAAAGGUGACAGUCGUGCACAAGGCCAACAUAAUGCGGAUGUCGGACGGCUUGUUCCUACGUUGCGUGCGAGACGUCUCAAAUGAAUAUCCAGAAAUCCAGUUCAAUGAGUGUCAUUUGGACACGGUUUGUCUCAGAAUGGCUAAUAGCCCCGAUAAUUUUGAUGUCCUAGUCAUGCCGAAUUUAUACGGCGAUAUUUUAUCUGAUAUGUGCGCCGGUCUGAUCGGUGGCCUUGGACUGACCCCAUCCGGAAACAUGGGCCUAAACGGUGCUCUGUUUGAAUCGGUGCAUGGAACCGCUCCAAAUUUAGCUGGAAAGGAUUUGGCCAAUCCCACCGCCUUGCUGCUGUCCGCGGUCAUGAUGUUGCGCCACUUACAGCUGAAGGAAUAUGCGGAUAAGAUCGAGCAGGCUGUUCUCGCUACCAUAAAAGAGGGUCGAUGGAUAACUGCAGAUUUAGGUGGGCGAGCGAAAUGUUCAGAGUUCACAAAUGAAAUUUGUGUUAAGCUUUAAUGGAAUUCUAAGGAAUGUGUUUGUCGGCGCAACGUGGCCUUUUAGCAAUUGCAAUCAAAAUUGCAUGUG